UUGACAGCUACUGUUAAAAAAUUAAAAAUCUAUUUAUUUUCUUAAUUAGCUAAUAAUGAAUUGAUUUUAGUGAAUAUACAAAGUAUCUUAUCGUAUAGUGAAUGAAAUAACUCAAUUUAAUUCGCUUGGUAAGUAGAAUAACAAAAUUAAAAAUACAUAACCUCACUUUUCAUUUAGAUUGGCGAUAAGAUUAGUAAUCGGUGUGUAUUUAAAAGAAUUCCCCUUCUUACUAAAAUUUAUUUAUAAAGUUACAACGAAUGGUUUUGUAUCGCUCAAUAUGUGCUAAAACGGUUUGUGUUAUAAACGUUUUUUGCAAAAUUUUUUAACAUAAAACUAAGGCUUUAAAAAGUAAAGUAAUGGUUGCUAUUCGCUCCUUAAUAUCGGAUUUUCAUCAAUUAUCUGGAGCUACUGCUGUGGAAAAACACAAGAAUUUUCGUAACUUUCUUAAAAUCGCACAGGAGAGUUUAAACAAUCAAAAUCAAGAUGAAUUUUUUUUGGGAUUACAACCAAAAGAUAACUUUCAAGAAAUCUUUAGGAUAGAUCUUUUAUCGAAUUUUAAAAGGAAUGAAGAAUUAUUGGAGGUUUUAAAAAGUGGGAAUCGAGAACAUAUUGGGAGAUUAUUAAAGAAUUUUAAUUUUUUUUCUGAAAUCUUUUUAAAAAUUGAUGCAACAACUUUAAUAAACGAUGUACUUCCAAAUACAUCUUAUAUAAUUCGAGCUAAAGUUGUUAAUCGAAUUUCAAAGACUAUUAAAAAUGAGGAAUUGAUUGAGGAAUAUUUUUUUGCUAUCAAAGAUAAAUAUGGAAUAAGAUUAGCUUUGGUGCUUUUACCAGGAUGUUCAAUUGAGUUGAUAAAACAGAUUAUUGAUAAAUAUAAUCCCGAUUUAAGUCCUCGCCAUUUAUUUGAAAUUUAUAAAAAAGAUAACAAUUUUUUGGAGCAUUAUUUUGAUUUUUUAAAAAAACAUGAUGAGACUCAAAUAAAUUGGAAAUACCCAAAAAUAUUAAAGUAUAUAAUGAAGAAAGAUGUCGAUUUCUUUUGGAAGUUACAAAAUAAAUACAAAUUCGACUUCCAAUCGGGUAAAAGAACAACAGAAAAAUUGAUUUUAUCAAAUAAAUCAUAUUUAAAAGAUGGAAAUAAAUGUUUAAACACUUUCCACAACAACACUUUAUACAAAACGAUUAUUAAGCAUGAUAAAUUAGACGAUUUUGUGUUAAGCUUUUAUCCAGAAGCCCCUUUAGAAUUCUUGGAAGUAAUUACGUGUCAAUAUUCAUUGAUUUAUAGCAUUUUAAACUUUUUGAGUGCCGAAAAAAAGUUUGAAAUCAUCAAAAAUUUAUUUGAGAAAAAGUAUUCUAAAAAUAUUUUGGAUUAUGAGGCGUCAAUGACUCACGAUUUUUUUAAAAUCGUUCCAAUUAAAUUCCGGAUAGUUAUUGCUAAAAAAUUGGGCGAAACAUCAGAUGAUUAUAUUUAUUUAUUACAUCCUAACGAAUCGAUUCCUUUAAUUAAGCAAUUAUUACAGAAUUCUUCUUCAUGUGAAGAACGUAAUAAAUUAAUUAUAGAAUUAGUUAAGGUUUUAGAACUAAGUGAUGAUGAAAAUGUUAGAUUAGAAAUAAUGCAAUUUGUUUAUGAGCGAUACAGAAAUGAUACUAUAUCAAUAACCUCGUUUGUAACAAGAAUUUGCGAUGCGAAUUUUGUUAAGGAAUUAAAUGAGGAGGAAAUAAAAGCUGUAUAUAAAUUAUUUGGAUAUAUUAAAUCUGAUUCUUCCACAAUUUGGUAUAGAAGAAAAAUACUUACGAUCAUUUUGACGUAUUUGGUUAAAAAUAAGAGGAAUUACGACGAUUAUUUAUUAGAAUAUUUCAAAUUAUCUGCAUCCGACGAUUUUUAUUUCGAUUUAUUCGAAAAUGAUUUCAAAACGAUUGAGGUUUUAGAAAAAUCGAUAAUAUUAUUAGACAAACUUAAAGGUAACAAAAAGUUUCAUUUAAAAGUAGCACAACAGGUUUUGAGACAUUUAUUUCAACACAAUUUACAUAAUAAAGCUAAAAUCCCAUUUCAAAAAUACGAACAUUUAUUAAACGAAGUUUUUGAUGAUGUUAAAAACAAUUUUUACGAUAUUGCUUUAUGCGUAGCUUAUCAUAUAAAAAAUUUUCGAAAUAAUAAUUUAGAGAAACUUUUUUGGAGGGAAUACAACGAUAAAGUUUCUUACAUGAUAACGUGGUUUUUAAAGAGGGACGUUAAACAAGUCGAGGAUAACAUAGAAGUCGUUUUAUCGCAACAACCGAAUAAAAUAAACAAACAUUUUCUUCGUGGAUUCAAAAAAUACUUAACUCCAACUUUAAAGGAGAAAAUGCUGAUUUAUAUUAAAUCGAAUUUAUCGUACGAUGAUUUCAAAAGCACCAAUUACCUCGUUAGGAUUCUUUCCCAAAUCGAUUCAAAAGAAUUUUUGGAAAUAACCGCACCGUUUAUGCCAAAUAAAUUACUCGACGAAAUCGCGAAUAAAAAAGAAGUACAAGAAAACAUUAUUUAUUCCUUAUCCGAUUUAGAUUUGGACAACAAAUUCGAGUUAAUCAAAAAAGUUUGUGUUGGAGAUUACUUAAAAUUCGGGUUAACUCCUUUAUAUAAAACAACUUAUAACACGAAACAAAACGAUAUUUUUUAUUUCUUAAACGAUCUAAAAGAUUCCCCAAUUUCUUUAAAAAAACACCCCUUAUUUUUAGCAAGACAUUUACUUCCAAUAAAAGACGCGUGGAAUUUUAUCGAUUAUGUCGAGAAAAAUCCUUCGAUUAAAAACGUAAUUUUUAUGAAAUCAAUUCAUUUAUUCAUCGAAACCCCCACACAAAAUAAUUGGGGGAAAGUAAAACAAUAUUUUAACACAAUCAACGAAAAUGACUCCUUAAUUUUAGAUUUUAUGAUAAAAAUGAUUAAAAAAAUUCCGUCUCAAUUUACUAAAGAUUAUGUACAAAGCGUUUAUGGUGCCUUAAAAAAAUCGAAACGAAAAGGAAUCGAAAAAAAGGUUGUUGAAUUUGCAAAAAAUAUUAAGAUCGAUGAAUCUUACCGUUUUUUGGAAGAAAUCAUUGAAAUCGUUUUAAACGAUUUAUUGUUAAAAUCGCAAGAAUGGCACACUUUGUGGGGAUUAAUUUCGAAUAUAAACCCGAAAAAAUCGAAUCAAUUACUUUGUUUUACUUUGGAACACAUAAAAACGAUUCUUCAACCUCCAAUUUGCGGUUAUUCAAAACAUAGGGAGCCGCUUACUACCUUGGUAACAACAUUUUGUAAUCACAUUUUGACUAAAAUCGAAGAAAUUACGGACGAAGAUAAAGAUAGGCGAGAAGAGCUUAUUAAAACUUUAAUUUUCCAAUGGAAUUUUUUCCCAAAAUAUUGUUUAAUUGAAUCCGAAAUGAUUCUUAAACUCACCGAGGCGUAUUUUGAAAGCAAUUUCGAUUUAGAAAAAUUUGCAACCCCUUUGGAUAAACUUUUACAUUUUUACGUUGAUGAAUACGGUUUAGGGGUUAUUCAGAAAUUAGCAGGUAGCGUCGAAUAUUUAUUUAGUAUACGGCGUUUAGAAAAAGAAAUUGGACAUGGAAUGGUUAAUAAAUUGCUUGAAAACAACACAGAUAAAAUCAAUUGUAUAUUUGCUAUAUUGUUUUUACCUCUUUACGUGUUUCCGUUGGAGUUAAAUAAACAUUUUAAAUGGGUUCCUGUUAUUAAAGUUAUUGAGAAAUUUAUUGAAAGAAAUGAUAAAGAUGCGAGGUCGGUGUUGCUUUAUUAUGAUAUCUAUCUUCAGCGGAAUCGUCAAGAAUAUUUUUGGAUUGGUAAUCAAGAAUUUCCAUCAGUUUUUACUAAGGUGUAAUUUUUAUUUAUAUUGUAUAUAGUUUUUAUAAUGUUUUAUUUGGUUAUGUUAAAAUAAAAAGCCAAUAAUUUAUUUAUUUUUUAAUAAACGUUUCCAGAAAAGAUCUGCUUCAGCUAAUUUUGCAGGAAAUUCUUCAGCUGGCAGAUCAUCUGCAGAACCAAUUUCACCCUUAAUGUUUAUAUAUCCAUCCUGUACUUACAGAAAAUUCAAAUUUAGUUCUUUUCUGGGCUGACGUUUGUGGCUCAAUUUCUUUAAUCUGGUCGUAGAUUCUUAAUGCCAUCUGCUUGAUACUAUUUCCGUCAAGUGGUAUUCGUUUUUGAUCCAUAUUACCAGAACCUUUUUUAUUUUUAGCUUUACAAUGUCUUGUCUUUCUCCCAUUUCUAAACAUUUAUGAACUGUUUUGAGAGUUAACAUAGCUGGAAAGGUGUUUUCGUUAUUUUCAUCACUGUCACUUAAUUCAUUAUUAUUAUC